GUUAGAAUUGAUUGCCUCUAAGUAUAUAUAAUAUAGAUUGCCUAUUCAAAUGAGUUCAUCCAACCAGUAUCUUAACCUUUCUUUGACUGUGUACAUAAAUUAUCAUUAUUAUUAAGUAAAUACGAAAAAGGCUAUAAAAAUUCCUUUCACAUACACUUUCUGUCCGAUAAGCAACGCAUACUGCCCAAAGAGAUCUAACUCAGGAAUAUUGGAGAAUUAUUCGCAGGGACAAUAAGAAUUAUCUUCAAAAAUAUGGCUAUGAUAUAUAUAUAUGUACAUAAAUGAAUCGGCGUGAAUAUCUCAACAGUAUUAAUAAGAAAUUAUGACAAUAGAAUUAUGCACAAUAUCAUCGUUAUCUUCAACAGAGAAUCCGCAUCCUCAUCUUAACUCGACUGAAAUAUUAAACUGUGAUAUUGAAUACAACUCACUGACUACAACUGAGACGACUGUUACUGCUACUGCUACUACUAAUACUAGCAUCAGUAGAAGUGAUAGUAGUAUGGAUGACUAUCUUCUUGAUGCUGUUACAGUUGAUGAAAAUGACGACAACUGUUCUUUUUCAUCGGAUCUACAACUUAAACCAGACGAAAUUACUUACAGUAUGCAUAAGAAUAAACUUGUAAAUACAACAGUGACGAGUAAAACAACAAUUACAACCACAGGAGCAAUGCCUAUUGAGCAUUUAACAACAGUGAACACUUCAACACCAAUAGCAACGACAGCAACGCCAACACCAGCAUCGACAACAGCAACAACAACAGCCAUAAUGGAACAAUCCUCAAUAUAUUUAACAGAUUCAAUGUUCAAUAUGAGGAAUAAAAUAUACAGCACUAAUAUGAUAUCUGAGAGUAUAAACAACUGUAAUCCAGCUUAUGAUAUUUUACUAAAAUCAGAUCAUCAUUUGAAAUUGGAGGGAAUCGAUGCAACAAUUAAUCCGUGUUUGUUUAUAUCUUCAAGUGCAACGCCAACACCAAUGACAUCCUGCUCAGUGUCCCCAUCAUCAUCAUCAUCAAUGGUAGUAUCGGCGACAUCAGUACCAACUUCUUUAUCUGCAUAUACAGAGAGAUCAAAUUUAAGCGAUAGUGAAUCAUUUCAACAACCUCACUCUCAGCAACACUCCUCUUAUCAACGUCAACAUCAUCAGCCAAUGGAGACGAGUAAUCUGAACUCACAGCAUUCAUCCAAACGUGGAAGUAAAACAAGUUUGAAUAGUAUGGAUAUGGGCAGUGGUAGUAAUAAUAGUAGUAAUAAUAAUAACGCUAGUGCUGCGACUACUACUACUAACAAUAAUAAUAGUAGUAGUAGCAAUAGUAAUACGAAUCAUAAAAUACGUAGCUCUAAUAAUCAUAACAACAAUAAUAGUAACAGUGAAGAACGUAAACUUUUUGUCGGUAUGUUAAGCAAACAACAAAAUGAAGAGGAUGUAAGACAACUGUUUGAACCAUUUGGUACAAUUGAAGAAUGUACAAUACUCAGAGAUCAAAGUGGGAACAGUAAAGGUUGUGCAUUUGUAAAAUUCUCUACACAACAAGAAGCCCAAUCAGCUAUUCUUACUUUGCAUGGAAGUCAAACAAUGCCGGGUGCUUCAUCAAGUAUAGUUGUGAAAUUUGCUGAUAGUGAAAAAGAACGUCAUACAAGAAAAAUUCAACAGCUAAUUGGUCCAAUGGGUUUAUUUAAUCCAACUAUAGCAUUAUCACAAAUCAGUGGAAAUAUGUACUCUCAAAUGUUAGAGAAUAUGGCACAGACAACAGGUUAUAUCAAUCCAGUGGCAGCGUUAGCCUUACAACUCCAACAUGCUAGUCAGUUAGCUACUGUCAAUCUACCCAAUAAUAUAUCAAAUCUAGCAAUGAUAUCCGCAUUAACUAAUGGUUCCACCACAAGUGGACAUCUUGCCUGUACACCAUUAUUGCAUAAUUCACGUUCAGGAACUGUCAGUUUAAAUCCAAAUUGUGUUAACAACAAUCCAAUGGCUACAGCUGCCGCUGUCCUCGGAAUAUCUGGUAACGCAAAUCCCCAGUUAACUCAAAUGUCAUCACAACUUGCUGCCAUGUCAAAUGUCAAUAGUACAUGUGUCUCUGGUGAUAAUGGAAAUAAUAAUUCUACGAGUAGUGGCAAUUCUGCUGCAGCAUUGGCUGCAGCUGUUGUUGCAAUGGCCAAUGGAAAUGUUACAGGAAAUGUUAAUUCGAAUGGCAAUGGGAACAAUUUAAGUGGACAGACAUUAGGCCUGGGAUCACCUGGAGCUACAGGGCCUACAUUAGCCUUGCAUACAGUUCCUGGGACGCAUACACCAUCAGCUACACUCAGUAGUCUUUGUAAUGUAUCUCUUCCAUUGAAUCAAGCUAUUUCAAAUACCUCAUUCGGGCUAAAUACACUAACAUCUCCAUUGGCUGGACUUCCUACAGAUGCUCUUUCACAUCUAUAUCCCAGUGUUCCAACCUAUGGAUUACCUUAUCCAUCACCUGUCACAUCGGCUUUAAAUCCAUUCGCAUCAAUGGCACAUCAAGCGCUUACAAUGCCUAUACAACAAAAGGAAGGCACUAAAGAUUUAAUUUUAACAGGGCCAGAGGGUUGCAAUCUUUUCAUAUACCAUCUGCCGCAGGAAUUUGGCGACCCAGAAUUGGCUCAGAUGUUUAUGCCGUUUGGAACGGUAAUCAGUGCUAAAGUUUAUGUUGACAGAGCUACAAAUCAAAGUAAAUGUUUUGGUUUUGUUAGCUUUGAUAAUCCAACCAGUGCACAGGCUGCUAUACAAGCAAUGAAUGGCUUUCAAAUUGGUAUGAAACGUUUGAAAGUUCAGUUGAAACGUCCUAAAAAUGAUUCAACUAAACCGUAUUAA